UUUAACUUAUACAUCAAGUACUACCUAUUGGUAUUGUUACUGCAACAGUCCCAAAAAAGGGAACCCUUACUUAGCAAAUGGAUGUCAAGAUGAUGGUAAGCUCACUGUCAAGCAACUAUCAACUAUAAUUGGUGUUAGUACAAGUUUUGGAUUUUUGCUAGUAUUGUCGGCUUGCUUUAUCCUCUAUAAGGCCAUCAAGAAGAGAAAGAUGAAGAAAAUGAGGCAAAGGUUCUUCAAGAGGAAUGGAGGUCUCCUAUUACAGCAACAACUCUUGGUCAAAGAAGGGACCAUAGAGAAGACAAAGAUUUUUACAGCAAAUGAGUUGGAUAAGGCCACAGAUCACUUCAAUGCCAAUAGAAUAGUAGGUCGAGGCGGGCAAGGCACAGUGUACAAAGGAAUGUUAAUUGAUGGGCAAAUCGUUGCAGUUAAGAAAUCGCAGGCAGUAGACGAGAACCAAUUGGAGUCGUUCAUCAAUGAGGUUGUCAUUCUUUCCCAAAUCAAUCAUAGGAAUGUUGUGAAACUACUGGGAUGUUGUCUGGAAACAGAAGUUCCCAUUUUGGUUUAUGAAUUUAUACCAAACGGAACGCUUUUUAGCCUUAUCCAUGACAAUUUUGGCGACGAGCUCAUUCCCCUUUCGUGGGAUACUCGCCUCAGGAUUGCAUCGGAGACUGCUAAUGCAUUGGCUUAUCUCCAUUCGGCGACAUCAAUUCCUAUUUACCAUAGAGACAUCAAGUCGAGUAACAUCCUUCUGGAUGAGAAAUUUCGAGCUAAAGUUUCAGAUUUUGGAACGUCCAGGUCCAUUUCAAUUGACCAAACUCACUUGACGACCAUAGUGAAGGGUACAUUUGGUUAUUUGGAUCCGGAGUAUUUCCGAUCAAGUCAAUUCACAGAUAAGAGUGAUGUUUAUAGUUUCGGAGUUGUCCUUGCUGAGCUCCUUACCGGACAAAAGCCAAUUUCCUUUGAAGUUAAUGAUGAUGAGGAUAGGAGCUUGGUAAUACGAUUUCUAUUGUCCAUGGAAGAAAACCGUAUCAUGGAGAUUCUUGACAUGGAAGUUUCAAAGCAAGGUAAAAAGGAAGAUGUUAUGGCGAUUGCUUUACUUGCACAUCGUUGUUUGAACUUCAAUGGGAAGAAAAGACCUACCAUGAAAGAUGUUGCCACAGAGUUGGACGCCAUUAUAGCAUCUCAUCCUUGUCUCCCAUCGGCAGAAACAUUGGAAAUCGAAUCAGACUUGUACAGAUUCAUGAGACACUUUCAAAGUGGUGCUCACGUUCACAGCCGCGUAUAUCCAAAACUUGCCACAAGUACAGUUUUCUGUAAUAUUCAAGGGCAAAUUAAAGCAACUUUAGGUAGGAAUGUUAAUUGGGUUAGUCUGCGAGUUUUUGAUAAUGUAUAUAAUACGAAUGAUGAGGCGCAUUGGUAUAAGCAAAAUGGGAUAUAUGAUGAGGCGUAUUGGUAUAAGCAAAAUGGGAUAUCUAUGGUUCCAAAGGGCUGUCCAGACCAGUGUGGCAACGUUAGCAUCUACUACCCCUUCGGAUUUGGACACAACAAAGAUUGCUAUAUGAGCGAAUGGUUUCUCAUAAAUUGCACCAAAUCCUCGAAUGGUGUGGAGAAGCCGUAUUUGAGCUCCUUUUCCAAUGACAGUAGCGUAGGAGAGAUUCUAGGCAUUUCCUUUGAAGAUCGGACAAUAACACUCAAACAGUCCAUCUCUCCUGUCUGCCAAACCACCACCCGGUCUGAUGGAAGCAAUAUCAGCAUAAUUUCCGACACCAAAUUAUCCCAAACCCCAUUCUUUUACUCUGUAAACUACAACAAGUUCAUGCUUUUAGGUUGUGGCAACGCUCUCCUCACAUCGCCUGGUUACAAUAUACUAGGCGGAUGCACCUCGUUGUGUGGCAAAUUCCCGAAACGUCAACAUCUUUGCUACGGCAAAAACUGUUGCCAAUUCCAGGUUAACACCGAUGAUAUAAGAACAUACCAAGUCAACUUCACAAACUCGGCUGCCCUCAAUAAUGCCUGCAGCUAUGCCUUCUUUGUUCAUCAAGAUUGGUUCGCCCAAAGCUUUCCCGGCACCGGGCAGAAAGAGAUAGCUGUUCCGGUCGUGUGGCACUGGACCAUCCCACACUUGCCUCCAUCCACCCCCUCAGACUACUGCCAACACCGCAUAAAUUCUGAUGGGUCGUCUUACGCGGCGGGUUAUUAUUGUAACUGCCCAUAUCCUACGAUAGGGAACCCAUUAAUUGCAAAUGGAUGUCACGGUGUUAGUGGAUGUUUUGGAAUUUUGUUGUUAGUAUGGAGUUGUUUCAUCCUCCGUAAAGCCAUCAAGAAGAGAAAGAUGAAGAAACAAAGGAAAAAGUUCUUCAAGCGUAAUGGAGGUCUCCUUUUACAACAACAACUCUUAGCUAAAGACGGGACUAUAGAGAAUGCUAAGCUUUUCACGGCAAGUGAGUUGGAUAAGGCCACUGAUCAUUUCAAUGCCAAUAGAAUUAUAGGCCGAGGUGGGCAAGGGACCGUGUACAAAGGAAUGUUAAUUGAUGGGCAGAUCGUUGCAGUUAAGAAAUCGCAAGUCGUGGACGAGAACCAGUUGGAGCCAUUCAUCAACGAGGUUGUCAUUCUUUCCCAAAUAAAUCAUAGGAAUGUUGUCAAACUACUGGGGUGUUGUUUAGAGACUGAAGUUCCCAUUUUGGUUUAUGAAUUUAUACCAAAUGGGACACUUUUGAGCCUUAUCCAUAACAAUUAUGGCAACGAGCUCAUUCCACUUUCAUGGGAUAUUCGCCUCAGGAUUGCAUCAGAGGUGGCUAGUGCUUUAGCUUAUCUCCACUCCGCCUCAUCAAUUCCUAUAUACCAUAGAGACAUCAAGUCGAGUAACAUCCUUCUAGACGAGAAAUUUCGAGCCAAAGUUUCAGAUUUUGGAACAUCAAGGUCCAUUUCAAUUGACCAAACUCACUUGACUACCAUAGUUAAGGGGACUUUUGGUUACUUCGAUCCAGAAUAUUUUCGAUCGAGUCAAUUCACAGAUAAGAGUGAUGUUUACAGCUUUGGAGUAGUCCUUGCUGAACUCUUGACAGGACAAAAGCCAAUUUCAUUUGAAGCUAAUGAUGAUGAGGACAGGAGCUUGGUAACACGAUUUCUAUUGUGCAUGGAGAAGAACACUCUUUCAAAGAUUCUUGACAUGGAAGUUUUAGAGCAAGGGAAAAAGGAAGAAGUGAUGGUGGUUGCUUCACUUGCACAACGUUGCUUGAACUUCAAUGGGAAGAAAAGGCCUACAAUGAAAGAAGUGGCUGCGGAGUUGGACGCCAUUAGAGCAUCUAAUCCCCAUCUCGCCUCGGCCAUGGAAACAUUAGAAACUGAAUCAGGUUUCGUAUAG